AUGGAGGACAGGAAGAGACCUGUCAACCACAAUGCCGAUGACCUCGCUCCUCCCAGCAAACGACAUCAGGUCAAUGGCAGUAGCAAGUCUCGUGACGACACCCUCGACAUGAAGGACGAGGCUUGGAUUGAGGCAUUUCAAAAAGAUGCAAUAUAUCGGCAGAUGCUCGAGUACAAGAGAGAAAAGUCACAACUAGAAGCCCGUCUUGAGGAGCUUGGGAAGCAAUACGAGUACUAUGAUGUCCAUCUCAGGACCAUCGACGCAUGGUGGCUGCAGCUAUUGCAAGAGGUGGAGCUGGUUGCCGAAGGCACAUUCACCGAGAAAUCCGAAAGCCAUGACUUGUCCCCAUCCAUCGGACUUGGCUCUCAAGAUGUUCAGCUCUUCCAGAGACACCUUGCCGAGAACGGCAAGGCGAUCAAGUCGAUCUUAGAAUCCCUGUUCAAUCGCCUGGCCACCCAUCGUGGCGACAUUAAGCCCGAAAUCGCUGAGAUGGAGUCCAAGAUCAAAUCUCUCCUUGCCGAGCAGAAGGAGUACAAGGUACAGCUGGAAAGCCUCGCCCAUAAGAAGGAAGAGCUUUCGGCAAACCUGGAUGCAGCCAUGCUCCGCGUUGUUAAGGCCGAGAAGAAGUUAGAUCGCGCAAAGAGUGCACAAGUUCAGAAGCUUGAGCAAGCUGCUCUUGCCUCCUCAACCAGUCGAGCCGUCCCCACCACUGCAGAGAAUGGCGACGAUAACGGCGACAGCAACGGUCAUGACGAGAAUCUGCACAUGAAAUACCAAGAAGCCGUUGUGGCAAUGUCUAAGCAAAAGGAACAGCUCGAUUCUGCAAUCUCGGAGAUCAAGGCCCUCAAGGAUGAGAAUUCGACAUUGAGAAUCAAGCGCGAGAGCGUCACAGACGAGGAGUUUGUGCGUACGGACGUCUUCAAGGCUUUCAAGUCUCAGAACGAGGAUCUCAUCAAGCGAGUCAACGAUUUGGAGGCCACCAAUAAGCAGCUUCGCCUCGAAGCUGAGAAAUUGCAGGCCGAGAGGACAUCCUUCCGAAGCCAACUGGAGCGCGAGGCGCAGAACGUUACGGCAGAUCUCGAAGAGCAAAUCCAAAUCAGGGAAACGGAUCUUACGCGCGUGCGGUCGCAGAGGGACGAACUGCUUGCUGACAAGGGCAUCCGCCAAGCCCAGCAGGAGCAGGAACGAACGUCUUUGGAGAACUUCAAGGAGCUGGUGGGCGCCAAGGAGGACCGCAUUGCUGCCCUAGAAAUGGAGCUGGAGCGACUUCGCCCAAGCCCGGAUGCGCCGGCUCCCGAGUCUCGCCCCGAGCUCGAAUCGAUCACCGUGGAGGAGCUGCGGGAGAAAUUCCUGAAAUUGGAAAAGGACUUCCAGUCGAUCAACCAGGAGUUGCCGUCCAUGGAGAAGGCGUACAAGCGCUCUAUGGGCAUUUCCAAGAAGAAGGUCAUGGAUCAGCACUUGACGGAAGAGCGGAUGGCGGUUCUCAUACAGGAGAAGAGCAAAGCCGAUCAGAAGUAUUUUGCUGCCCGGAAAGAUGCGGACAUACGCAACAACGAAAUAAGAACCCUUCGACAGCAGAACGGCAAGAGUUCUGAGAUCAUCGCGGCGCUCAAGGAACAUGACACACAGGCGCGCACGCUGAUCAGCAACCUGGAGAAGCAACUCACGGAUCUGAAACAGUCCAAUGUGGCUGUCCUCGAAGAGAGUCGCAAUAUGAAGUCUUCGAGCGCCGAGGCUAUCCGACGGGCCGACAGCGUCAAGUCACAAAUCACCGAGUUGCAAAACUUGGUCAAGUCAAAGGACGCCGUGGCAGUCGCAGAGAAGGAAAAGGCAAACAGCCACGAGACCGAGUCCGAGAGACUCAAGGUACGGCUUGAGCAUGCCGAAAAAGACCUGGAGACGUGGAAGAAGAAGGCUUUCGGCAAGUCGUCGAGCGAGCUGAACGAUUUGAGACAAAUCGCGCUUUGUUCCAUCUGCCAACUGAACCCCAAGAACUCCAUGCUCAGGACCUGCAAUCAUAUCUUCUGCAAGGAAUGCGCAGAGGCACGUCUUACCAACCGGCUGAGGAAGUGCCCCAACUGCAGCAAGCCGUACGACCGGCCAGAUAUCAUGCCCAUCUAUCUGACCUGA